UCUGUUGUUAAAUUUUGUUAAAGUUUCUUGAUGAUAAAUUUUGUGCUCAUUGCCAAAAGGAAUACUUGUAUCACAUAGCUCACUACUAGUGCCUGCUGUUCGUGUUUGUUUUUUAGUUCAUAAAUUAUCAAAUUAUAUUGAUUAUUGAAUGGCUCUGCUCACUACUGCUAUGCUGUGUUGUACUCUGGUUUGUGUCUUCUUCGCUGCUGUGCUGUGUUUUUUGGCUCUCUGUUGUUCACUGCUGAGCAUUUUUGUGUUUAAUUAAGUCAAUUAAAACUAUGCUUUGGGCUUAAUUGUGCUCAGAUUGUUCUGCUGUGCUGUGCUGUUGUUGUGCUGAUGUUUUGUGUUUUGUGAUUCUUUGCUUAGUGAUGUGCUGCUGGAGACUGAAUUGCUGCUAUUUUGUUUGUGUUUCAAUUUUGAGUUUGUAUUUAAAUAAAUUCACAAGACUUUGGUUGAUGACAUUUGUGUAAUGUUUUAAAUUUAGAAGACAUCUUAAGAUUUAUAUUAGACUAAAAUUAUGUUUUAGGAUAUUUAUUUAUAAUUUAUUUAUUAUAAUGGUUUUUUUAGUUGGAUCACAAUUGAACUGGUUAAAUCAAUAAAUCAGUGAAUUAAUGACUAGAACGGUUCGAUAAUUGGCUCGGUUUUCAGAACCUUGGUUUAUUGUGUGGAGUAUUGUUUUAGUGAACUCAUGGUUGCUGCUUAAACUAAUGGUUCCUUACUCUUAUCAUUCCUUGAUCUCUUGAUUUCUAGUUUUGUUGUUUGAAUAUGUUCAUGGGUUUUUUCAAUGUAAUUGAAUAAGUGGAUUGAAGGUUGAUUCCUUGUUUACCUAUUUUGAUAACUGAAGAAUGACUGUUUUGAAGCGGUAUGUGCUGAGAAUAUUCAUAUCCUUGAAACACAUUACGGCAAACGUGGUGGAUAGAAACCAUGGUCAUAUUGUAGCAACCUCCUCCACGGCGGAGCACUCCAUUAAACAGUCGCUUGAGUGUGGCCGGUCCUGCAAUGCGAAAGCAGCUGCUGUCGUUGGGGAGGUAUUGGCCAUGCGGCUCAAAGUUGAGGGACUUAAGGAUGGACAAGGAAGAGGAAUUCAUGUCAAUGUAACUAAGGAAAUAGAGAAGAAGGGAUUUAAGAGCCAAACCAAGGUUUGGGCUAUUGUUAAUGCCCUUAAAAACAAUGGUGUUAAACUCAUAGAUGAAGAUGAUGGUAACGAUUCUUCUCCUAGCCAUUCAUAAAAUGUCUUUUGUAUAUCUAUAAAUAUAUUAGAAUGUUUUUGUAUUCCAAUGAUAAUAUAGAAAUGGAGUGAUUCUUGUACUAAGAACAUCUUUGCAAUAUACAAAUACACCUAUCUUCUGUUAUAUUGAUAGUAAAUGUAAAUCAGAAUAACGUGUACUAGAUGCUGUCAUUUUUGUCACUUAGUUCUGUAUUUUGGGCUGCCACUUUCAUUUGGCAUGCAUAUACUGUAGUAGCUGCAUUAGUAACAGAAAUUUUAUGUCCAAACAAAAAUAGGUAAUGAUACCUACAAUGGAAAAAAAUAUAUAUAUCAUAACAGGUCCAUCAUACAAAGUUUCAGUGUUUACACUUUACAGUGCUUAUCCUGCACAACUCUAUAGUUUUAGAGUCUUUCAUGAAAAUAUGUUAGAGACAAAAAUCAUAGAGUUGACCAGACUUAUCAAGAAUUAAGAAGUGAGAGGGAAAAUGAUGUAUUUGUAAGGUUGCUAUUGAUAUAAUAUUCAAAGAGCCAGCCAAGA